UAAGUGCUGCUAGCUUGAUUGUGGACACAAAAAACUGCGAAAUCAGGGAGAGGGACAGCGCCCAGAAUAACUGUAAACCUCUGCUAACUGCGUGGAGCAUCGCGUUGGAAAUGAGACUCCGGUCAUAUUCUCCGGGUUCUCAGACUUUUAAACAGAGGACAUGUCCUUUGGUUUGUUAAAGCCACAGCACUACACUCAACCGUCCAAGCAUGCUACUGUAGUGACGGACUCUCUCUACCAACCAGCACUGUUUGAUCCAAGAGAAACGUGCCUUGUAAGGAAGCAGGAUGUUCACAGGCUCCACCAAACUGCCACCCACUAAAACCCCCCAGCCCGAGCGGCUGGAUGAAGUGUAUGCUGCCUUACGCAGAGGCUUACAGUCGUACCUGCAGGUCCACCAGCUGGAGCUGGACAGUCUGGGUCAGCAGAUCAGAGAAAACAAGAGGAACGGUCGUUUGGGGUCGUUGUAUGAGCAGGACAAGCAAGUGAAAGCCAUAGAGAGGUUCAUGCGUCGAUUGGAGUUCCAUCUCAGCAAGGUUGAGGAGCUGUACGAUGCUUACUGUAUACAGCGGCGAGUGCGCGACGGAGCAAGUAAGAUGGUGGCUGCUUUUAACUCCGCCACUGGCAGCAAGGAGGCCAGAGAGAGUCUGAGCGAAGCCAACAAGGGCUACAGGGAAUGUACAGAGCACAUGUGCUCACUUGAGAGCGAAUUAGAAAGCCAGAUGGGAGAAUUUCACGUCAAGAUGAAGGGCCUCGCUGGCUUUGCGCGACUGUGUGCUGGUGACCAGUAUGAGGUCUUAAUGCGUUAUGGGCGGCAACGUUGGAGGCUACGAGGCCGCGUGGAAGUCAGCAACAAGCAGAUAUGGGACAGUGAAGAGUACAUCUUCCUGCCUCUCGUCACAGAUCUGCUGUCAAUCAAGGUGACGGAGCUGAAGAGCCUGGCCAAUCACGUGGUGGUGGGCAGUGUGUCCUGUGAAAUGCUCGACCUGUUCUGCCCACUUCCCCAGACGCUCGCCGUGGAUAUCAACGACCUCGGGACGGUGAAGCUAAACUUGGAGGUCACCUGGAGUCCGUUUGAUAAGGAUGACCAGACAUCAUCCUCUAGCACGGUUUCCAAACGGCUUCUGUCCAAUCAGAGCCCUCCUGACACGCCCUCUAUGCGGGAACAGGUGUUUUAUUCUCUGCUGAAGCGCCAGGGAGAAAUGGAGAACGGGACCGUCUGGUCCAACUCCUCUGAGUCCUCUGACGACUCCUCCAGUCCGGCCUUGGCUCACCACGCUCAGAGACUGACGGCCUCCAACAUGCUGCAAACCACUCUCACCACUCCGCUGUCGUUCACGCCGCACAAGUCCAGCGCGUCGACACCGUCACUCUCCUCCAACCAAGAGGAGGAUGAGACAGAAGCCGGGGAGGUUUUCUCUCAGACAGAUGCGGUGCCAAACGGCCACCUGCAGACUUCCUGCUCUCACAGCCACACCGGCGAGAGUAGUCCUGACUGUACUGUGACUGACAGAGCGUCUGUCCAAUCAGCUGACCUCUCUGAAACCUCAGCAGACCUGAGCUGCUCAUUCCCCGAUGUGUCCUCUGUAGCUCCUGUGUCGCUGAUGGACAGGUCGGAUUUGUCUGAAAGCGGCGUCCCACAGGUGUGCGUACCUGCGGAGGAGGUAAAAGAUGACUCAUCUGAGACUUCGUCAGUACCGGCUGGGCAGACUGAAGCAGAGACGCAGGACAGCACCACUGAAGCAAGAGAGGGACUCCAGGUACAAGCAUCAGAGAAACACAGUCAGCCCCUUCAGUCCGUCCAGGAGCCAAAGCAACCAGAGGAUGCCCCGACAGUUCCUUUUCCUACUUCUACUAGUUUCAGUCAGGAAGUCGAGACGGCGCUCGAAAGUUUUGACUUUCUCAACUGCUCUGACCUCGACGAAGAUGAGGAGGAAAAGGAAGACGAGGGAGAAAAGAAGCAGGAAGACGGGCAGCAUGAGGAGAACCAAAGCAAACUGGAGGAAGAGAAAGUGGAGGAAGACAAAAAGGAUGAAGAGAAGUUUUACUCUGGAGGGAGCGAUGAAGAGGAGGCAGAUGGUCUAGACAUCCUUAUGGAAGCCCCAGAAGGAUUUAGGAACUCAGAUGAAGAUUGUUUCUCUGAAUCACAGGAGUCGAGCAUGGAGGACGUGCAGGAUUUGGCUCAGAUGGAAAUGCCUGAAGACGAUAAGGCGAAGCGCAGCGAGGAAAAGGGAGAUGAACAACACGGAGAGGACACAUCACGCGGUCAGGAGGAGCGUCCCUCUACUCCCGGCCAUUUGGCCACUACGGUCUUCUGACGACACAGUGGAACCAUAGCUAAACCAUUUCUCCCACUCUGAUCAACAUCUCCCUCUUAACGCUGCGGACUGGAGGCCUUGAGGAUGUUCCACUUACUGCUCAGACAAACAAGCUCCUCCAUUACUGCGGAGUUUGUGCACAUAUUUGCCUUGUUCUGACCAAGAACGAUAAACCUCGAUGUUUCGGCACCUCAGCCUCCCCCACCCUGCCCCGCAGUCCUCAUUCUUUCAACACACACUCCAUCACGUUGCCUGGGUUUAAGUGGGAUACCACUUAGUUUACACAUUCAUAAAGUGUUCCUGUCAUGUGAAAAUUCAAUGUCCACAACGUAAACAUUUCAGGAACAGCUAAAAGCGGCCUUGUUUUUGGCUUUAUUACAGUGCAUUUAUCAAGUGAUCUAAUCAUAUUGAAAGGGUUUUAUAAGUUCAAGUUGGUGGAUUUCUUCAAUCUACAGAGAAACAUACAAUUGCAGCAUUACAUUGCAAGGUUUUAAAAACCAACAGUAAGGAUGUUAAAAACUUAUGAUUGUCAGUGUUAAAUCAGUGUACGGCCCAGAGCUCUAUCUGUUAGUGGGAAAAGACCUCAUGAGCAUGUGAUCUUUGUCUGAAGAUGCUUAUCACCGUGCUGUGGACAUGAAGUCAUUUCCAAACCAGUAAUGUACUCUGAAAACCAACAGGAUCUUUUCAUUUUAAGCCUCAGAGACAGUUAAUGAGAAUAAUCAGAAAUACACAUGGAGUGCAGAAGUUACAUUGAAGCUUCAAAGCAACACCAGGAGCGUGAGUAAUAUUAAGAACGAAUAUAAACACUUGAAGGACUGGAGUCAAAGUCACUUUCGUCCAGUUUUUAUAAACGUGAAAACAACCUGCAGUGUGAAACAAUAUUUAAACCUGCAUGUGUAGCUGCCUCACACUGCCAGCAUGUGUCUGUAUAAAAAGCUCAAUUGAUCAGUUUUAAGUGUGUAAGCUAGGCUUCCUGUGCAAGGAAGCCAUCGGGUCUGUAGCUGUGGAAAAGCUCCCUCACGGGGGUGAUAUAGUCCUUCAGCAUCUUGCUUUACGUUCUACAAAAGCCUCGACAUUCAGAAAGUGCCUCAAGUGACAAGAGAUGUAAGGUUUAAAUGCCACGACAGGAGAGAUCAGGCAAAAGAUAAGUGUUUAUUUUCUGAAUUAUUAAGAGUGUGCACAAUAAGAUAUUUACUGUUUCAUAUAAAGAAUUGUAUAUGUCUUGAAAUGUUCAAAUGUUUAUGUUCAGAAAUGUUUAAACUUUAUAAAGGUUUCUUUAAAAUGAA